AUGGACAACGUGCGCGUGGCCGACAGCCUUCCACCUCGCACUGGGCGUGGCCGACGACGGGCGACAGUCGCAUGCCGUAGUUGCAACGCCAGGAAGGUUCGUUGUAAUGUGGCCUCGGUUGGGCGGCCCUGUGCGAAUUGCGCGCUGGACAAGGUCGAUUGUCAAGUGGUUCCUCGCAAGAGAAGAGGUCAUAGCAACAAUGUCGGUGGCGUCUCUCUUGUGGCGCCCUCGGGGCCUGAGAUGCGCUCUCAACAGCACUCAAUCGAUUUCGGAGGACUUAUUGGUCCACCUCGCGAAAUCGAGGCUGAGGCCCGGGAUCCAGGAGAUGGGGCUGAACACGCGACUGCGUUUCUUGAUCCUUUGCAUCAUGACUUAGGGCCGACAAAUCGUGCGGCUUUGUCAUAUACAGGAGACAAUGGCGAAACGGCUGAAUCAUUGUCCUUUGAAGCGUACUUGGUUCCAUCGGGCACAGCGAAGAAAACGCCGCCCGAGGAACUCGAAUUCCUGAGGGUCAAAGGAGCUUUCUCUAUUCCGCCCAAGGAUGUCUGUGAUGAAGCUGUCCUGGCUUACUUCCGCAAUGCACAUCCGCUACUGCCUGUUCUCGAUGCGAAGUCCUUUUUGGAUCAAUAUUCCAGGCGCGGCUGCCAGGGCAUCAGUCUGAUACUGCUGUGGAGCAUUCUCCAUGUCGCUGCCAGUUUUCUGCGCAUGGAAACCGUCACAAAGUCUGGAUUUCAGACGAAAAAGGCAAUGAAGAUCGCAAUGUACCAGCAUGUCAAGCUGCUUUACGACAACAACCAAGAGCCAGACCAACUCGUACUGGUGCAGGCUGUGAUUCUUCUAGGAUACUGGCACCCAGACACUCAGGACCGGUUUGAGGCGUGGCACUGGACCGGAAUCGCAAUCUCAAUGUGUCAAAGCAUGGGAUUACACCGCUCCUCUUUCGGUUUGAAAACGAGAGGUCCCCAAUCCGCCGAUCUUAUGCGUUUGGCUCGGCGAAUCUGGUGGUCUUGCCUUGUCAGAGAUCGAUGGCUGGCCUUCAUCAAGAAUCAGCCGAUGAGGAUUAAUUUGGAAGACUGCGACGUACCUUUCCCAAGCACCUCGGACGUGACUGAAGAUCUAGAUGCCAUUCCUCAGCAUAUCAAGGACAGGUGCAUUCCUUAUUCGUCCAACGUUGUCGGGGAGCUCUGGAGCAGGCUCGUUAGGCUCAGCGUCUUGUUUGGCAGAAUUCUGAGGCUACACUCGAAGAAUAUCUGGCGAACUGACACAGGGCAACUAGAGAAGUACGAGGCUGAGCUGCAAGAGUAUACAGCACUGGCGGCGACUGGCCAGGUGUCGAAUCCAUACGAGCAGUUCUUUGCAUGUCAAGUUCGACUUCAUCACGAAGCCAUUUGGAUCGUGCUUCUCCGGCCAUUUGUCCUUUCACAUCCCAGGGAUCCUGCGGAUGCGCUGCAGUCAUCGUACCGGACCCAAGCGGCCCAGAAAACGAGGACUGCCGCGAACAACAUGAACGCCGCGCUCGAACAGAUUAUGGAUCUGAACCUGGUCGAAUUUAUAAGUCCGGCAAUCACCCGCUCGAUCUCGCGCCUUGGGAAUCACAGGCUGCAGCUGUGUAUGCUUUUCCAAGCCGAGUUGAAAGAUACCUACUGGGGCGCCGAUGGAGCCUUUCGGAUGUUCGAACAAGCCCAGGAAAAGCUGUCGAAGAUUGCCAGUCGAGAAGGCGAAAGGACGAACGCUGUCACCUUUCCGAACGCUGCAAUGUCGCCAUCGAUUACUGCCUUGACGCCCACAUCUAACGACUUCAGCCAGAGCGAGAUGGGACCCUCGGUGGAUGAUAUAUUGACCUUCGACUUCGCCUUCAUCGACCCACAAGACUUUCCAUUAUAUGGAAUUGGCUAUUCGUGA